AUGAGCGGGACUCCAAGUCAAGGAUCGGGCCUGCGGUAUCCGUCGAACAAGAAGAGCAUCUACGACAGAAAUCUCAAUAGGAGCAAGAAUGCGGAGCUGAGCCGGGCGGCCUUUGCGUAUCUGUUCAUCGAGAUGAUCGCAUACGCGCAGAAGGGCGCCAAGGAUGUGGGGGAUCUGGAGCAAAGAUUGAAUUCCCAAGGCUACCCCCUUGGCCUACGUCUUCUCGACCUCCUCCUCUCCCGCUCCUCCAACCCACUCGCCAGCAUCCGCCCCACUCGAAUCCUCUCCCUCCUUCAAUUCAUCGCGCAAACGCUCUACAGACAUCUUUUCGGACGGCCGGCAGACGCGUUAGAACGCUCAGGCACAGACCCAGGCCAAUACAUGAUCUUCGACAACGAGCCCAUGGUCAACCAGUACAUAUCGUUACCGAAGGAGCUGUCAAGUCUGAACUGCGCGGCUUUUGUGGCAGGCAUCAUUGAGGGCAUGUGCGACGGUGCAGGGUUUCCGACGGAGGGUGUCACGGCGCAUAGUGUGGGUGAGCAGGACGAGGGGAAGGACGGGAAGGGCAUGUGGCCAGGGAAGACGGUAUACCUGAUCAAGUUCAAGCCAGAAGUGCUGGAGAGGGAGGAAAUAUUGGGUAGGGGCGGUGGUUGA